CUCUCUCUUUCCCGUGCUCGCGUCUAGGGUUAGGGUUUCUCUCGACCCUGUUUUUAGGGUUAGGGUUAGGGUUUUAUCUCAUCUCCUUCUCCGAUCAUCUAAGACGAUGCAACCAGCCGGAGGGAUGGCACCACCGCCGAUGAACCAGCAGCAUAUGGCCCAGCCUCAGCAGCAGUGGGGAAUGAUGGCGCCUCCGCCGCCGCCACAGUACCAGCAACCUCCGCCGCCGAUGUGGGGCCAGCAGCCGCCCCAGAUCCCUCCGACGCAGCAGCAGCAGCAGCAGCAACAGUAUCCGGCUCAGUACCAGGCUCCGCAAGCGCAGUACCAGGCGCCGGCGGCGCAACCGGCUUCGUCUGACGAGGUUCGGUCGCUGUGGAUCGGGGAUUUGCAGCAUUGGAUGGAUGAGGCUUACCUUCAGAGCUGCUUUUACCAGGCCUUACAGAACGGAGAGCUUCUUUCUGUUAAGAUCAUCCGCAACAAGCAAUCUGGUCAAUCGGAGGGUUAUGGUUUUCUAGAAUUUGUGUCACAUGCCAUUGCAGAAUAUUUUCUCCAAACAUAUAAUGGUCAAAUGAUGCUUAAUGUUGAUCAAAAUUAUAGACUGAACUGGGCUUCACUGGGUGCGGGUGACAGGCGUGAUAAUUCUGCAGAGUAUACAAUAUUUGUUGGAGAUCUGGCCUCAGAUGUCACUGAUCACAUGUUACAAGAGAUAUUUAAGAAUGCCUACUCCUCUGUGAAAGGAGCAAAGGUUGUGACCGACCGAGUUACUGGACGUUCUAAAGGCUAUGGUUUUGUUAGAUUUGGAGAUUUAAAUGAGCAAACUCGUGCAAUGACUGAAAUGAAUGGGGUUUACUGUUCUACAAGAGCUAUGCGCAUUGGGCCUGCAGCCAGCAAGAAGAGUGGAGACACCCAGCAACAAUAUGGUACAAAAGCUUCCUAUCAGACAACUCAAGGGAGUGAGUCGGAGAGUGAUCCAAACAAUACAACUAUAUUUGUUGGCGGGCUAGAUCUGAAUGUUUCUGAAGACCUUCUGCGCCAAACAUUCAGCAACUAUGGAGAGUUGGUGCAUGUAAAGAUACCUGCUGGCAAACGCUGUGGAUUUGUUCAGUUUGCUAACAGAGCCAAUGCUGAGGAGGCUUUGAAGGUUCUACAUGGAACUCUUUUGGGAGGCCAAAAUAUCCGGUUGUCCUGGGGUCGCAGUCCCAAUAAGCAGCCCCAACAAGAUCAGAACCAAUGGAAUGGUUCCAACUAUUAUGGUUAUCCGCAAGGGUACGAUACAUAUGGUUAUGCCCCUCCACCUGCUCAAGAUCCAAACAUGUAUGGUUAUUCAGCAUACCAAGGAUAUGGAGGCUAUCAGCAACAACAGUGAUUAACAACUAGAACAUGGGAGAGGAGAUGAUUCUUGAAAUAUCAUGUGUGAUCUAGAUCAGGGUGGCCUGCUGGUUUGUAACCGGUGGGAGAUGUGGUUUGCAGUUUGCUUAUGCUGCGCAACUUGCUUAAAACUUAUAUUUUUCAAUUUUCUUUUGUGGGUUUAAAAAUGAGUAGUACCCUUUUAAGACUGGUAUAGAUUUGUUUGCUCUGUGUUUGCCAGCAUGUUUUAAUGUGAGAAUUUUGUUGCUCGACC